UAUGAACGAAGUUGGUCCGUCUUUGGUGACGACUUAUACUUUUAAAAAUGGCAAAGAAUACAUCGUAAAAAUUAAAGUUACUACUUUUAAGGGAUGUCAGCGUAACUUGGAGCUUACUAUUAGCGACAAAUAUACUGCUGAGAAUUGGCGGUCUUUCUACGAUGCUGCAUAUAUUGAAAAUUUGACGCACAAAACAGGAAAUUAUAAGCAUUUUGAUGUAUUUGUAGCUAUGCUGCAAUCUGGAUUGUUAAAAACAAGCGAAUCUAUUACUUUGGAUCUUCUUACAUUUGAAGACUUAGAACUAUUACGCGCACGCAAAUUUGAACGUAGUUCAUGUUCAAAUUUAGGUAAUACAUCAAAUAAUCGUCGAUAUCUUAUAUUAACAUACACAGUAGAAUUUGAUAGAAUCCAUUAUCCAUUACCUCUGGAAUAUUGUGGUUUACCCAAUCCAAUAAUAUUACAAGCCACCAUUAGAAAACUACAAAUUGAACUUGAAAGAUUACAAUCUACAGGAAUAAAUAGAGAUCUCCAAAAACGCAUUGAACAACUUACAAUUGCAAAUCAAAAACUUGUACAAGAAAAUCUUAAACUUACAAAUGGAGGAAGAAGUUUAAAACAUUUACUAGCAUCAAUUAAAUCAUUAGAAAAAAACAUUAUUAAAGAACGUGCAUCUUUCUGUAUGCAAAUUCAAAAACUUAAAACUGAAAAUACAGCUUUGUUAUUGAAAGUACAACAACUUAGUACAUCUGCUAAUAAAAAAUCUGAAGAUGGUUGUUCAGGAUUAAAACGCCGUAAUCGUACAUCUUCUACACUUAGAAGUAGAAGUCGAUCGUCUUCAAUCUCAAGUCGUAAUAAAACAACUUCUAGUUUAUCAUCAGGUAGUUCAUUAGAUUCAAUUAAAAUUCAACGAUCUCCUUGUCGAAAUGUGAAAAUACAUAAUAAAACAAAAAAUUCAAAAGUCGAGUUUGAAAAUUUGGAAGCAAGAAUUCAUACAUUACAGAAAAUGUUGAAAGAAGGAAUAAACCUAAAUUAUUAAAUAAAUUUUUUAUGAAUAAUUAGUGAAUGUA